AUGUCGUGCAGCUCGCCGACUUCUGAUCAGCAAUCGCCAGUAGUUUACGCUGCUCCACCUCCUCCGCCGAUUUCACCACCGUACCAGAUCAGCCCAGCAGUAGAACCAGUUCCGUCAUUUUACGGACCUAGUCAACAGCAGCCUUUUAAGGCGAUGCAGGAUAGCUAUGCGCCUCAGUUGCUUCAUCAAACAGCUUUUCAAUCUUAUACAUCGCAGCCACAAACAGAACCUUCGUCACCGCACCAAACAAACCAGCAGCUGCAGCAUCAAAUAGCUGUGUGGCCAUCAAAACAACAAACAGAAUUGGAAAGGGGAGCAGCUGGUGAUCGGUUACAGCGGAUGGAAGUUGAAACAGCGAGUAUGGUGCCACUUCGAAAAACAUCCAUUCAGGUAUGUUGA